AUGGGACUGCUAACUGAUUCAACUAGCCGUAAGAGGCUACAUAAUCUCCUUUUCGCCAAUUGGCCAAUAUUAAGCAUUUUGCUCUACGUUAUUGGAAUGAUUUGGUUGCUAGCAUUGGCUCUUGAUGACUUCAACGAUAGAUGUUACAUAUCGGAAAAUGCUUUGAUGCCAGCCAUGACGCAUACGCACUAUACCAAUGCCAGAGACGUAACAAGUAUGACUAGUGAAUUAACAGAGAUGUCGUCGAGGACCGUGCCUGCUAACUGGAUACUUGAGCAUUUUAAGAAAUCAGGAUUCGAUACAUUUACGCAAAAUUUUACUUACCAGCGGCCAUUUAAUUAUGUCAAAAACAAGACUAUUACUGGUAUGAAUGUAUAUGGAAUACUCAGAGCACCCCGUAAAGCUGGAACAGAGGCAAUUGUCUUAAAUGUUCCUUAUCGCCCUAUACAUCAAAUCAAGCAAGAAGCAACUCAUGCUGGACUUGCAUUGAUGAUAUCAUUAGCUUCUUACUUUCAAGGUAUUGAGAGGGAAGAACUAGGCGGCAGAGGUGGAUCGAUUCAGUCUGCUAUUACAUUAGAAAUACCAUCUGAAUAUGUUGAAAGUCUCAACUUGAAACUUGAAGGGGUAAAUGGUCAGCUACCCAAUCUAGAUGUAUUCAACAUGGCUGUGAGAAUAUGUGACAGAGAAGGAAUCACUCCUACACUUCCAAGGCCUAGUUACAAGAGUUCAACUUCUUACUUGAAAUCCUUGAUGACAAUGCUAACCAUGAUGUCAAAGCAUGCUCUAGGAAUUCCCACUGGCAACCACGGACUAUUCUUAAAAUAUCAUAUUGAAGCUAUUACCCUGCAGGGUGUACUAUCUGAUCACUCCUAUAUUUCGAAAAUGCCCAACAUUGGCAGUAUUCAUGACGCCCAUAGUACUACUAGUGCAGCUGAAAAAAGAUGGGCUAUACAAACAAUUUCAGAGAAUCCUCCUUUUAUUGAUAUUUCCUCCGAUCCUGGAAUGGAAUCUACCGGAAGCUUAAAGAUUGUGACCAAGUUUCAUAGUGUAUUACUUACCGCAUUAACCGAACAACAAUUAAUAGGUGUAUCAAACUAUCCAAUUCUAUGUUUAGUAUUUUGGCCGAUAAAUCGUUGUGUGAGAUAUCAUGAACUAGAGGCUCAUAUUUCUUCCGUAGAUCGUAAAUAUAGCAAAGGAACAAUUUUACAUGCUAUACCAAUACAUCGCCCUACACAGCCUGAUGAUGAUUGUUGUCAAAACAAUUUAUGA